ACCAACGUUAGACUUCCAGUUCGUGCAAAGCAAACUACUAAUUACUACUUCGGAAUUAAGAAUAAUUUUAAUUUUACGAGACAUUGCAAAAUUAUCACUGUCGUGUGCCAUUGUGCCAUCACAAUGAAGUUCUAUGUUGGGGUUGUUUUGGCCAUUUGCCUGCUCUUACUCGAAGACGUCCACUCGUCGCACGACGAGCCCGUUCCCGGUACACAUUCAAGACCCACCUAUGGAACCACAACGCCACACCACCAUGCUAAGCGGGAAGCGACAACGGCUUCUUCUCACCAAAACGAUACGACACAAAGCCACCAUGCCAAACGGGAGGUGACAACGCAAGACCCGCAUCAGACACCGACGCAUGGUCACCACAAGCGUGAGGCCACCACACAGGACCCGCAUCAGACACCGACGCAUGGUCAUCACAAGCGCGAAGCCACAACGCAGGACCCGCAUCAGACACCGACGCAUGGUCAUCACAAGCGCGAAGCCACCACACAGGACCCGCAUCAGACGCCGACGCAUGGUCAUCAUAAGCGCGAAGCCACAACGCAGGACCCGCAUCAGACACCGACGCAUGGUCAUCACAAGCGCGAAGCCACCACACAGGACCCGCAUCAGACGCCGACGCAUGGUCAUCACAAGCGCGAAGCCACAACGCAGGACCCGCAUCAGACGCCGACGCAUGGUCAUCACAAGCGCGAAGCCACAACGCAGGACCCGCAUCAGACACCGACGCAUGGUCAUCACAAGCGCGAAGCCACAACGCAGGACCCGCAUCAGACACCGACGCAUGGUCAUCACAAGCGCGAAGCCACAACGCAGGACCCGCAUCAGACACCGACGCAUGGUCAUCACAAGCGCGAAGCCACAACGCAGGACCCGCAUCAGACACCGACGCAUGGUCAUCACAAGCGCGAAGCCACAACGCAGGACCCGCAUCAGACACCGACGCAUGGUCAUCACAAGCGCGAAGCCACAACGCAGGACCCGCAUCAGACACCGACGCAUGGUCAUCACAAGCGCGAAGCCACAACGCAGGACCCGCAUCAGACACCGACGCAUGGUCAUCACAAGCGCGAAGCCACAACGCAGGACCCGCAUCAGACACCGACGCAUGGUCAUCACAAGCGCGAAGCCACAACGCAGGACCCGCAUCAGACACCGACGCAUGGUCAUCACAAGCGCGAAGCCACAACGCAGGACCCGCAUCAGACACCGACGCAUGGUCAUCACAAGCGCGAAGCCACAACGCAGGACCCGCAUCAGACACCGACGCAUGGUCAUCACAAGCGCGAAGCCACAACGCAGGACCCGCAUCAGACACCGACGCAUGGUCAUCACAAGCGCGAAGCCACCACACAGGACCCGCAUCAGACGCCGACGCAUGGUCAUCACAAGCGCGAAGCCACAACGCAGGACCCGCAUCAGACACCGACGCAUGGUCAUCACAAGCGCGAAGCCACAACGCAGGACCCGCAUCAGACACCGACGCAUGGUCAUCACAAGCGCGAAGCCACCACACAGGACCCGCAUCAGACGCCGACGCAUGGUCAUCACAAGCGCGAAGCCACAACGCAGGACCCACAUCAGACGCCGACGCAAGGUCAUCACAAGCGUGAGGCGACCUCUACCCUUCACCCCAUGCAAGCGCCCGAGGAGACUACUACCGAAGUAGCGACUUCUACAAACGCAACACAUAGUGCUUCCAAACGGGAAGUUUCAUCGACUACUUCCCAACCCACUCUGAAGCCGUCUUUCCAGCCGGCUGGCACAGAUCUGCAUCCUUGAACUCCAAAAUCAGAAAUAAUUACAAAGUUUUAGUGAAAUCGCAUAUUAUUCAAUUGGCUGUGGCAGUCAAGCGUGUAAUGUAAUGCAUAGCUGACGUGUUGUCCAUAUGUAUCUGAACCAGUUAACUGAUAUCAUAAUACUCGUAUUUCUCUAAACAAUGCAUUUAACGGUCGUGGUUUAAACGCAUACUAUUCAGAGAUGUAUAUGUUGAUACUGCAUUAUUGUCUUACGCCUGUAGAAAGCAGUUUAUUCAUUGGUCGCUGUAACUGGCUCACAAAUUAAAGUAACUGAAAAUAA